GCUUGUGACAUGUUAUCUUUUAUUUGUAAGCGAAGGUAGGUAUAGCUAGUAUAAUAGGUAACCGUGGACUUCAUAUUGAGUUGAAUGACUUAUCAUAGUAAGAUACGAUACAUAGAGGUCGCCGCAUCUCUGCUGUUGCAAUUUAUUUAUUUUAUUUCAAUCAACAGACUAUUUAAUUAUAAGUUGGAUUGAUUUGGUAUGUGGAGACAGUGCAUUGACAAAUCGUACAAUAGCAAGUUCGUUCAGCUGAAUAAGAUACAUCCGAUAAGAAUGGGAACAUUCUACAUUUUAUUCAUUGCGGUAAUAUCAGCAGUAGUCGUUCACGGGACGUUUGACAUGAAAAAACAGAACAUUGUUUUCAUAAUGGCGGAUGAUCUGGGUUGGAAUGACGUGAGCUUUCAUGGUACGGACCAGAUUCUGACACCCAACAUAGACAUGUUGGGAUAUAGUGGAGUGGCUCUGGAGAGAUACUACAGUCACUGCAUAUGUACACCUUCACGAUCCGCCUUCUUGACUGGAAAAUAUGCACAUGUCACCGGUAUGCAAGGUUACCCUCUGACAAACAGCGAGGACAGAGGGCUGCCCAUUACAGAAAAAAUAUUACCCCAGUAUUUGAAAGAGUUGGGUUACGCGACGCAUUUGGUUGGCAAAUGGCAUGUAGGCGGUUCACGAGGGGAAUAUUUGCCUUUAAAACGUGGAUUCGACACACAUUUCGGGCAUAUGGGUGGAUUUGUAGAUUACUAUGAAUACACGCUCGAAGAAAAGUUGUCGAAUGAUUUAGUUUCUGGUUUAAACUUGUAUAGAAAUGAAACUCCAGCAUGGGAUGUCGAAGGGUAUUUGACGGAUUUGUACAAUAAAGAAGCUAUAUCAAUAAUAAAGUCUCACGACGAGUCCACCCCAUUGUUCUUGAUGCUGGCCCACAUGGCCCCCCACGGGUCCAACGACGGCGCGCUGCUACAGGCGCCUCCGCAAGACGUCCGAACAAUGAGGCACGUAGAGUCCCCUGAGCGGAGAAUAUUCGCAGCAAUGGUGAAAAAACUCGAUGACAGCGUCGGGGACGUUGUAGAAGCCCUGGAAGAAAAGGGUAUACUGAAUAACACUAUAAUCGUGUUUGUGUCAGAUAACGGCGCUAUGACAUCUGGCAACUCCGUUAAUUACGGAAGUAAUUGGCCUUUAAGAGGACUUAAAAUGUCUCCAUUCGAGGGAGGAAUAAGGCUUGCUGGAGUUAUGUGGACACCUCUACCGAAAGCUAACCAUCUUUACAGAGGAUAUGUCCACGUAGUAGAUUGGCUUCCCACUCUACUCAAUGCUGUAGGUGCAGAACUUCCAAAUAAUAUAGAUGGCAUUAGUCUUUGGGAUGAUAUUAUAAUAAAUAAAGAAUCCAGUAGAAAAGAAAUGUUUGAAAUCGAUGAUAUGUUCGGUUUUGCUUCUAUUAUUUCUAAUGAUUUUAAGUUGGUAACCGGUAAUGUAACGCCUGAGUAUAGUGACUAUCAAGGCGGUGGGAGCUUGUUACGAAUAAUUGGGAAACCGCCAUCAUAUUUCGAUGCUAUUAAAAAAAGCAAAGCAUACAAAUCUUUAGAAAAGAUUGAUAGAUUAAAAGAUACGGAAUAUUAUAAAAAUGUGAGAAAUACUUUAAAAGUAAAUUGUGAUCACAUUGACGAGUCACAAAUAUGCUAUACAAAAAGUGAUAAAUUAUGUUUAUUUAACAUCAAAGACGACCCGUGUGAAACGAAGGAUUUGUCUGCAUUAUUUCCCGAUUUGGUAGAAAGCAUGUUGUUACGAUUAACGGAAGAGAAAAAGAGACUUAUACCGAGGUCACCACUUUAUAGAAAUCCAAAGUCUAAUCCAGCCUUUUUUAAUUACACCUGGACAACGUUUGCAGAUCAUUUAUGAAAAAGGAAUCAACGUCAUCGUCAAGAGGCUAGGUCAAUAAUAUCUUAGUGACCUAGCCUAGCAUAGUGUUUCGCAUAUCAAUCACCGCACAGUUCAAAUAUGUAUUUUGUGCUGACCUAUCUUGUUUUAAUAAUAAAAAAAUAAUAUCCUUGGACAUUUUACACUGCGCUUCUAGUCCCAAACUAAGCAA